GGCCCCGCGUACAGUCCGUGUUUUUGUUAUCCGCCCAAGUGUGUGUCCCCCUAAACCAACCCCUUGAUCCUGUGGAGGGUUUUGUGAAGGGAAUUUUGUCUUGAAUAUUUUCAUUGUGGGUGGAGUUGGUCGAAGAAUUUUCUCUUUUCGAAAAAUCCUUUGUGCUACUGUGGUGAUUGAAAUCGCAGAUUAAUUAUAGUUUAAGGAUCUUUUGGAGGUCCUUGGUCCUACUAUUCCGGGAAAAAGUCCUGGAAAAGGGUCGCGAGUAUUUUCAUUUAUUGCAAAGUGCUUAUCUAACAACCUAGCAGAGGUGGAAUGUCCUUACGGUUUUGGGGCACAUGCAUACCUAGCCGUGACAAAGGCAGUGUUGUAAUCGAUCCAAGUGUUUGCUAAGUAAGUGCGGUGCAAUCGAUUUGUAUUUUUCCUUGGAAUGAAAAGUUUUCUGUUGAUGUUGUGAUGAGGAAAAUAUAAUUUUCAUCACGUUUCAACUGUACCUAUUAUAGAAUCAGCCAAUAAUCGUAGUGCGUUGCUUUCUUAAGUGUAUUAUAGCCUGUCAUGAAUCACAGCGGUUGACGUGAACAAAUUACGUUCCAAUCUGAUAGUGGGCCAGGUAUUUUCGCUAGAGGCCACAACAGAUCCGAAUUUUGAAUCGUAACCCAGCUAGAGGUCUCUGACGUAAGGCUCCAUUGGAUAAACGCGAUAAGGCGUAGAUAUUUCCAUUUUUCUUUUGUUAUGAAGAUGGGUGAAAAAAAAUCGUACUGAGUGUGGGUGGUACAAAAGCUCACGCCAAAGGCGCAUAUCUUCGGGCGGAGUAAAAAGGUCACGAAGAUACAAAGUGUGGAACGGAAGCAAAAGAAAAAAGAAUCUAAACCAUAGUGCGAACACAUUGCGAUACGGUGUUGAUUAAUGUUUCGUGAGCAUAUAUCUGUCCAAUAAUCCGUUCGAAAUGUGCUAUUCAGGGUUUGGUUUCACUUGAAGCAAAAAUGUGAUUACCUCUAAGCUACAACAUAAUCAACCAAUAGCAGUCAACCUUCUAAAAAAGAACAUCACAACAAGGUAUAGGAAAAAGGCACAUUAUCGUCACUCAUCCUUGUGGAGGUACAAGCAGCCGAUAAGACAGCAGCAGCGUUACCGAAACCGACGAUCAUGGAUCAGCAUCCGUUGUUGUUGACGACAAACGAGAGUAUCCACGAUAGUGGAAUCAUCGAGGAUGUUCACCAGGAAUCGGAGGACACCGGAAACGAGGAGUACGGCGACGAAAGCAAUUUGGAGUCAAAUUUGCGCCGCCGGAAAGGGAAAAUCAUCUCAUGCGUCGAAAAUGCAUCCAGACUGAUCCGGAGACGAGUGCCAUGUGCGGGACAUCUGAUGACACCAAGACGACUUUGGCUGAACAAAAUUCCUACUCAGUGUGACGUAGUGAUCGAAUUUCCAGAAGAUGCGCCAGAUGAUGCAUUACGAUGGCUGCUGAAUAAGAUAAAAGCAAUCCCACCAGAAGGUUUAGGACUGUCGGCCAUGGUGAAAGCACACGAUAGUACAAAAAGGACCGCAUUUUAUGUGACAGCUCCCAUGAAUGUAUUGUUCAAGGCAGCCGAGGAAGCCCGCCUUCCCAAACGACUCCGGUCGGAUCUUGGCGGAGCUCUGAAGGAGUUCACCAAGCGGGAAAGCCACUGCUUUGCUCAAACCAAAGACAACGAAGGUGCGAACACGCUAUUCACCUCCCAGGAACGGCAGUGGUUGGUUUUACAGGUGCUGCAAGGACUGCGAGCAGGAGUGGCCGAUUUGAAAGCACUUCAAGGAAGAGCCCAGGUUGAAGAAGGACAAAGUAUAGUGGCCGCCUGGCAGGAGCUGGGUCUGAUAACGCAAGUGUUUCCGUUGCACGAAACGAGCGCCUUACAGCAGCUUCAGUCCAGUUGGGUACGGAAGUUUUUCGCCCCGCAGCCGCUAGAUGAUAUAGCGGCGUAUUUCGGAGUGAAGGUGGCUCUCUACUUCGCCUGGUUGGGCCAUUACACGUGUGCACUUUGUGUUCCGGCCGUGCUGGGAACCAUCCUGUAUGUCGGCCUCUGGGGUCGCGGUCAGGUGGCACAGGACAUCGGCCAUGUAAUAUUUUCCCUGUUUAACGUGGCGUGGGCUUCCCUGUACCUGGAAGCGUGGCGACGCUACUCCGUCGAGCUUGCCUUUCGGUGGGGAACUUUGUCGACGCCACCGGAACUUUUGGAACCGCCUCGACCAUUGUAUACGGGCUCGCUGGAGGAAAGUCCCGUAACCGGUCGUCUGGAACCACGUGAAACUCCCGCCUGGCAGCGACGUGCGUUCCGGUAUCUAGUUAGUUUUCCAAUUAUUGGACUGUGUUUAGUGCUAGUAUUUGUAGUGAUGUUUCUAAUGUUACGACUCCAGGAUUGGCUCGAUCAGCACUUACCAAAUUCUAACGGUGCCGUCUGGGAUUGCAUGUGCAUGGCGUCUAAGGACUGGUGGGACGAAAAGCUCCCCGAGCAGGGCAUUUUCAGUUGCCUGAGUGUGAUACCGAAAGUGCUCCUGGCUGGCGCCAUAACGCUGAUGGACGAAGCGUACUACAAAUUGGCCGUUUGGCUCAACGACCGAGAAAAUUACCGUCUGCAGUCCAAGUACGAGAACCAUUUAAUCGGCAAGGUGGCGCUGUUUCAGUUCGUCAACAGCUUCCUAUCGCUGUUCUACAUCGCAUUCUAUUUGCGGGAUCAAGAUAAGCUGAAAGAGCAAUUGGCUGGUUUGCUGAUAUCGCGUCAGAUUAUCGGUAAUCUGAGGGAGUCUGCCUGGCCUUACUUGGUGGAGCAAUGGAAGCUCGCCAAGUUGAGUUUUAAAAUGUGGGGAGCGCUCAGCCCAACCCAGGAAGUCCCGCCGGCGGUGCCGGAUAGUAAACAGCUGGGAAACAGUAAAAGUUCAUCUCAGGAUUGCGCCUCGUCCACCCCCAAACGUUCAAUCGGUCAGGCGGAAAUCGAAAGCUCGCUGUACAAGUACGACGGGACGUUUUCCGAUCAUCUGGAAAUGUUGGUGCAAAUGGGAUAUGUGGUUUUGUUUUCAGCCGCGUUUCCACUGGCCGGGCUAUGUGCUCUGGCGAACAAUCUGCUGGAAAUUCGUUCGGAUGCAUUCAAACUGGCACACGUUCAUCAGCGUCCGUUCGGGCAGAGGGUGGCAAACAUUGGCACGUGGCAGAAUGCUCUGGGGAUGUUGGGGCUGGCAGCUGUGAUAGUAAACUGUGCAUUGAUUGGUUUGUCUGGACAAGUUUCCCGACUUUGGCCCGGACUAACAUCGACACAAACCGUGAUAUUGAUAGUGGCGUUAGAACACAUUAUGUUGGGAUUAAGAUCGGCUCUUACGUGGAUUUUACCAGAGCUUCCGUCGUGGUUGGCAGCAGAAAUUGCCCGAGCCGAGCACUGUCGACGAGAAAUGCAAUGCAAAGGUCCUUCACCUCGUCAGACGCCUCCAUCACCACCUUCAUCCACCUCGCUGUCCCAUCAUGAUCCGGACUUCAACAGCAAUCAGGACAUUUACGACCGGGCAGAUCAAUCCAUCGGAAGAUUUCACAUCUCCUCUAGUCACGACCAUCAUCCGAGCCACGAUCUGGAACGAAUCUCCCUGACGGAUGUGGCCACAAAGCUGGACAAUCUGAGUAGCCAGCAGCAAUUGCACCAUCAACAGCAUCAGCCACACCACGCACAGCAUUCCAACAUUCUGCAGGAACAGCAGAAAGAAUCGCGCAGCAGUAGCGAUAACAUCGACAUUUUCGCCAACGAAACUCGGGAAGUGACGCCGGAUUCGCCGAUCUCACAGACCAGCACAGUAUUAUUACGACCUCUCCAAGACUCUCCCCUUAGUGGUCAAUCAGCACAAACUGUUGCAUUAGAAUCUACACAGUUGAAUCCAGGUGCAUGUCCAAUGAAGUCAAGCGUAAAGCUCGCAGAAAUUCCGCCAUUCCGGGGACAGUCGAUGAAGCACAGUUAUAGUAUUUACGAUAAACGAAGCAUCAAUAUUGGUGAAUCAUCGAGUCCCCGGGUGUCGUCGCAACCGAUCCAGAUACCGGAGAUUCCACCUUUCCGUAAACAAGCGCACUCUACACUGCACUCACCGGUCAACCAGAGUCCCGUUCAGAACGUUUCGCCACUAGUGAGUGCUUCCCCACCGAGAAUAGCCGAGAUUCCACCCUUCCGGCCCAGGAACAAGUCAAAGGAAUGGAUGCCGAACAUCGAGCACACCGAACACCACCUCACGAUCGGGCCAAGUGGAGGCGCCGAAUGGGCAAAACGUUUGAAGGCAGCCGAUCCUUCCAUAAUACACAGAAGCACCGAUUGUAUUGUAGCCAAGCAACAGGAACUUGCCACCGGCUCGGAUUCCGAACUGCUAAAGGCGGCCCCAUCCUGGAGCAACAUCGUACCGAAGGUCGAACAGCAACAACCAGGCGCCAGCACCAGUGCCCCAUCCGUCAAGAACGAAACUGACGAAGAGGCGAAAGCCGCCGCCGAGUUAGCAGCCAAGAAGUCUCGCAUUAAACAGAGUCUAGUCAAACGAGCACGCUCAGUAGCGAUAUUCUCGCUCAAACUCAAGGAACAACGAGCCAAACGGGCGGAGAAAGCAGCCCAAGAAGCGAGAGACGCCCUUCCUGCUCCACCCCCGGGAGGUGAACUGUCGCUUAUUCCGAUCGAGCAGCUGAUCCAGGUGGAUGACAUCUUCAACCAGCGAAGCCAUGGCAGCGGAAGCAACAAUCACCACCACAACAACGGCUCAGGAAGUACGUAAGCUAACGCGUCACGAGUGAUGAAUGUGAAGAAAGUUCCAUAGAGAUGCACAUACAAAAAUAGGACGUCAACCAAAAAACUGCACCUGAGAGGCGUCGAUCCUCGUUUGUACAGCAACCUUCUACUACGCACAUACAUACACAUUUUGAGUAGUCGUAAGACGACGGGCGGGAACUUACUUGAGCGGGAGUAACUGUAACUGGUGGAAGUAUUUCCAGGGCAUAGACAAAUACGGCAACUGGACAAAGCGAAGCUGUACAGAACGGGAAGUCUGCGAAAUUAAUGCUUUUGUUGAGUAAGGAGCCGGGAUUCGUCAUUCAACAGGUGCUGCAAUGCCGAAAGACAGAUAAGAGUAAGUGGAAGCUGCCUCAUCACCACCACGGAGAAAUCAGAGGGAAGAGAGAGAUCAUGUAAAAUAAAGAGAAAUAUCACGGAUAAGUAAUUCGAAUGAUUUUAAGAGCUUUUACUUGUCAUUGCUUGCAGAUGGUGAGUUAAGAAGUAUCAAUUUCAUAGAGAAUUAGCAGAGAAAAAAAUCACGAGUGCAAUUGAAAUACGAUUUUUGAGAGGCUUUUACAACUUUGAAAGAACGUGAUGAGCGAGUGGGAUUUAAACGAACUACCUGUAUGCGAUCAGAAAAGCGUUGGGGAAAAAUACUGAGUAGUGAAAGUACAAUUCAUAGAUAUUGGAAGCGGAAUUUAUUUUUGAUAGAUUUUUUUCCUCUUCUUUUUGUGUUUCGGGACUUGUUUUAAAAAAAAAGAAUGUCUUUUUUCUAGUUUAUUUCGAAUAAACUUAGUAUCGAUAAAAAUCUCUCAGAAAUAAACCAUCCUUCCAAUUUUAAGCUUAGCUUAGCGUCAAUUUCGUAUUUGCUAACAUUAGCAAGAUUCUAAGUUUUCAAUUUGCGAUCAAAAUGGUUGAAUAUUAGCUAGACUACGCCGCCACAAGCUUCUGGGCCUGCCUCUUCUUGGAUGCCCAUCUGGAUUCCAGUCAAGCGCCUCUCUGCAAAUCUCGUUUUCAUCUCUUUGCACGGUGUGUUCAAUCCUUCUCCACUUAAGUUCCCGAAUUUCAAUUUCUAGCGUCUUUUGAUGACACGGGCUGUGUAAUUUCACGUUUGAGAUCCACUUGCUCACUUGUCCACAAGCGCGGAUAAUAUUUCGCAGACAGCGAUUCACAAAUAAAGGGUGUCCACGACUAAAUUGCCACACAAAAUUGAUUCGCAAAAUUCGAGUAUGCAUCCGAUUGCCAUCAAAUUUUCAGGGAUUGAAAGAUAACUGUUAAACAUUAUUUUACCAUUUUACUCCUAUUUUAUUUACAGUCCAUACGCAAAUGCCCGCAUCUUGGCCUUAACCCCGAUCAUAAGAUUUUGCACAACCUGUGAAUCAACUUUUUUUGCAUGCAAACCCAUACUUUCUUCAGUUCCUCGACUGUCUUCACUACCUAAGGUCGUUUAAGAAGGUGCUGCUUCAUAAUCGCCCAGUACUUCUCGAUGGGGCGGAGCUACGGAGUGUUGAACAUUUUCGGCACGAAAUUGACCUUGGAGUAGUGGCAUGAGACCAAAUCCGGCCAGAAGAUUGUUGGAACGUUGUGGGCCUUCAGGAGAGGAAGAAGCCGCUUCUGGAGGAACUCUGUCAUGUACACCUGUCCGUUCAUCGUGUCCUGGGUCACGAAAGGUGCACUCCGCUUCCCGCACGUGCAGAUGACUUGCCAAAUCAGGAAUUUAUUCGUAAAUUAGGACAUCUUCUAAGUGCGGACAUGCUUCGGAACGCUGAACUUAUCCUUGGUCGUGAAAAACAGCUGACCGGGGAUCUGUUUGAAGUCGGCCAUCACAUAUGUUUCGUCAUUCAUGAUGCAGCAUUCAACUUUCGUCAGCAUGUUGAGGUACAACUUCCUGGCACGGGUUUUGGCGAACUUGUUCUGCUUCUCGUCGCGAUAAGGGGCCUUGAAUUUUCGAAGCCCAGCCUUAGUUUUAGCCUUCUGGACAAAACUUCGGCUUAUGUGCAGCUUCUUAGCCACAUCCCGAACGGAGGCGUUGAGGGUUCGGUUGCAGGCCCAACUACGCGGUUGUGAUUUUUGGUGUUGUACGGAAUACUUUUUCCUUCACUUCUGGGCUUCUGAUCGGUUUUUGAUCGUUCUUCAACAGCUUGAUCACUCGCGACACCGUGAAAUUCGCGAUUCCCAACGUUUUAACGAUGGAACGAUGCGAAAAAUCCUUGUUCUCGUGAUGAAUGCGCCAGAUUUUAUCACGCACGACCUGUUCUUUUGACCCCCUUUUCCGCGAGUUUUGAUCACAGGACUUUAAAACUUGCAGGAUGUAAACAACGCACUAUGAACUAAAUCCACCCAAAUUUUCAUUAAAUUCUACUCAAGGUUAAAAAGUUGUAGCAAUUUCAUAGUGUGGCAAUUUCAUCGUGGACACCUUUUAUGCUGUGUGGGUCCCAUGUUAAAAGGGAAGAGUUCACAAAGAAUUAUUUUUGUCAACCUUGCCACAACCCCCGGGGUGGAGUACAAAUACAUGCAUAAGUUUGAGAAGAAAGUUACGCUGUAACUAUACUUUUUUGUCGUCAUUCUCCAGCUCUAAGAUUGCAUGGUCGCUAUCUAUUUGUGGCUAUAUUGUCUACUCUGGAGAUCAAGUCUUCUAUCUGAAGCCCUCCUGCUUUGAGGUUCAGUGGGAAUGUAUGGCCAGCGUCACGCAAACUUGUAACGUCCUUGUUUCUUCUUGCCAGCGGCUUCGGCGUAGUGGUUAGAGUUCAAGUCAUCUACGCCAAAGUUCAUGAGAUCGAAUCCCGGUCAUGGCAUACAUAGUACACUUUCUGUGGUCUGGUGGUUUUAGCAUUUGUGAGAUGCUAGCCAUCAUUACUUCGAAAGAUGUGCGCUUAGAAAGAGACGAACCAGCCCAAGGCUGAAAGUCUCUAUAAAAAGAAAAAAAAAUAAUUGUUUCUUCUUUCUUCUUCCUCUACUUCUUCUUCUUUUUCAUUCUGAUGAUAUUUGCCGGAUAGCCACUACCGCUUUUCCGCUCGACGUUCCGGGAUGCCAGGCUCCGGUAAACAUUGCUGAUAGGCACAUUUUCUUCCUGAAAAUACACUGUAUCAAAAAAUAGUCCGUACAGCACGUACCUUGACAUCCAAACAAUCAAAAAGUGCACUUUUUCAGUCAAUAAAAAUACUAAAAUUACAUCAUUCGCUGCAGAAACUAGUGCUUUUUGUAGAUCAGUGUUAAAAAUGUUAAUGAAUUAAGCCUUAAAAAUAAUCCUAUUCAUUUUGUAUAGAAACUCCCAAAAACGACGUCAAAAAAUUGUCCGUACACUGAGGCCUUUGUCAAAUAUUAAUCAAGUAAACAGUUAGAUAUAUGUCAGUCUGUCAAACGCAGAAACGUGAGUUGAAUUUCAGCAAAGACAAUUUCCAGUGGGCUGAGCGAUAAAUACGGUGAAAUGAACUUUAUUCAGCAUAAAUCAGUAGAUUUUCGUGUUUCCGGAUGUCAACGGGUAUUUUUUUGUGAGAAGCAGACAUUUUCCUGUUAGUUAAAUCCACAAAAAUUAACAAGAAAAUGUCUGCUCCUCACAACAAAAUAUCCGUUGAUAUCCGGAAACUGAUUGUUGACCUGAAGAAUGACAGUGAAAGUUUUUCCGAAAUUACAGAUAUAGUAAAACGGCCACGAUCGUCGGUUCAGUAUGUCCUUCAGAAUUUUAAGAAGACUAACUCCCUGGAGACUACUCCAGGAAGAGGCCGCAAACUGAAGCUUACGGAUCGUCACCGUCGCAUCAUUGUCAAGGAAAUCAGUCAGAAUCCUAAAAUCAGUGCCCCGAAACUAGCCUGACAGCCUGAAGAAUUUUGAAAACAUGCAGGUUAAUCCUCAAACGGUACGGAACAUACUUCAUGAGAAAAAAUACCGAGGUCGUGUUGCUCGUAAGAAGUCGUUUGUAAGAAUAAGAAAAAGCGGCUGGAAUACGCUCAAAAGCAUGUCCUGGAACCGAAAGAGUUCUGUUCACUGACGAAAGCAAAUUUAAUAUUUUUGGAUCUGACGGACAUGUAAGAGUAUGGCGUAAUCCAAAUACUGAAUUGGAUCCGAAAAAUUUGCGACCGUCAGUUAAGCACGGUGGUGGCCAUGUAAUGGUGUGGGGUGCUUUCAAUGCAAAUGGCACCGGAAACUUGAAAUUCAUUCACGGAGAAAAAGAAAUAGAUUUAUCAGUCAUAUUACGCGUCUACAGGAAUAGAAAUAUGAUUGUUUGGUUCUGUAUGUAUGUUGGUAAUCCACCAUGGGUGCACGGAUUCACCGCAGUUUCUGCCAAAGUAUGGGUUCACAUAUGUACAUUCCUUAGAUUAUUAAUUAGUUCGACAAAUCUCCAAUGCAGCGCGCCACCAUACCCGGACCCCAUGGCUUCGUAUGAGCUGUUAUGUGGUGAAUGUAUUGCGUGUGUUGAUGUAGGUAUAUUUUGGAAGAACGAAUCAAUCAGGUGGGCUAGUUUACUUACAGGUAUUCCGGCAUCCGUGUAUAUACCUGGCCAGCUGGCAACUGAUUGAACAUUCCAAUUAUAUAGUCAGUUAUAUAAUGAAACACAUCUUACCUGUCGGCCCGCUAAUGGGAUUCGAACCCAAAAGUUUUUCUUGCCGAUACCGGGAAUCGAACCCAGUACGCCUGGCGUACCAAUACCAGACUCGCGCCAGCCUAUCCACUAGACCACAUCGGCGCUUCAGAAAUAUGAUUGUUUGGUUCUGACCCGAAAAUACGAUCAAACCAACCAUCAGCUUAUACGGUUAGUCUACAGGUAGUUAGUCUUCUUAAAGUUCUGAAAGACACACUGAACCGACGAUCAUGGCCGUUUUACUAUUCUAUGCGUAAUUCGAAGACAAGUAAAUAAAUAAAUUUCGGACAAGCUUUUACCGUCAUUCUUCAGGUCAACAAUCAGUUUCCGGAUGUCAACGGGUAUUUUUUUUGUGAGGAGCAGACAUUUUCCUGUUAAUUUAAUCCACAAAUUGUUGAAAUCUACUGAUUUAUGCUGAAUAAAGUUCAUUUUACCGUAUUUAUCGCUCAGACCACUGUAAAUUGUCUUUGCUGAGAUUCAACUCACGUUUCUCCGUUUGACAGACUGACAAAUAACUGUUUACUUGAUCAAUAUUUGACAAAAGCCUCAGUGUACGGACAAUUUUUUGACGUCGUUUUUGGGACUUUCUAUACAAAAGGAAUUGGAUUAUUUCUAAGGUUUAAUUCAUAAACAUUUUUAAUACUGAUCUACAAAAAGGACUAGUUUCUGCAGCGAAUGAUGUAAUUGUAGUAUUUUUAUUGACUGAAAAAGUGCACUUUUUGAUUGUUUGGAUUUCAAGGUACGUGCUGUACGGACAAUUUUUUGAUACACUGCAGUCUGCUGUGAUUUUUUGCAAGACAUCCAUGAAUUUCGAAGGUCCGUAUAACGGACUUGCACGUAAUUUUCUGCGCCAUCUUUGAUCAACCUGAUAGUACCCGAGCGAAAACUAGCGACCCGUUUCUAGGGAGUCCCGUGAGUAAUUCGCUCGUUGAGAAGUAAAAUUUACGCUCUCCACUGCUUUAUCAGAAAGGUAUUGAAAUCAUUCUAAUUUUUUUCAAUCGGUCGAUAGGCCGACUUCCGCUGUCUCACGGAAAAUGGCUUAUUAGCUGGAGAGGUUUUUUUUUCUUUUCGCUGAUGAAAACCACUUCUUUUUAAACAGUCCUUUUCCAGGAAUGAGAGUAACCUAUGAAAAUUUUUGACACUGUUGAUCGCAAGUUGAAAUGGAAUUGAAUGUUCAGAAAAUAAGUAAGAAAAAUCGCAUAAACUGUGAGACAUGCCAAUACCAUGGAUAAACAGCUUAAAUAUAGUUAGCAGAUUAAUAUUGCGCAACUUGGACUCAAAAACAAGAUAUACUUGUUUAGUUUUCAAAAUGGUUUCGUUUGAUUAUGAAUGCUGAUUAGGUGUUUUCCAAUACACGGAAGCUUAUCAAAGUGUCUUAGAAUAAAUUCCAGUUGAAGUGUUAAUGCUUUUACGAAUAAUUAUUCUUAAAUUGAGUUUGACAAAUAAGUGUGAAUUAUUGCAUUAAAAUAAUCAACAAACAUCUCCGUCUAAGCUACCGAAUCAUACAAAUUAUGUACAAGCAACAAAUAGUUCAAAUAAAGAAAUCUUUAAGCAGCAAUAAUACUUAUACAGUUAUGCAAAAUCGCUUAAAUUAACUUAUUUUCAUUAUUUAUUUUUAUGAAACGCUACUGCAAAGCAAAUGCUAACGAGGUUGUUUAAAAGUCUAAUACAUUUGUAACAUUACUGGCAGCAUAUAAAAUAAACCUAAAGGCAAGUCCAUACACUGAAUAAACAUGAAUCCGUCAAGUCAAUUAACGCCCGAACAUGAGCACCCCUGAGGGAGAAAGAAAAAAAAUUGACCCAUUCCCAAGCCGUCUCGCAUCAAAGGUGGAAACACUAAACAGAAACCGAAACUCCUCAGUGGAUAUUUGAACGAAUCGCAAUUCUGACUAGACCGGUCUAAAGCGCACCCCAGUUGAAACUAAGUCAAACAAAAAUUCAUUCAAAGUUCACCAAUUCCACACAUAAAAAUAUCUAUACACAUCUUUGUAGAUACCGAUUCUACCAGCAAAAUUAUGUCAUAACAAUUAACGAAACCAAGCAAAAGCUACGUAAACUUCUCUAUCCAUAUUGUAGGUUUGAUUUUACCACAACUAUCUAAGAAUAUCUCCAUCUUUAUCUUUAGCCUUGUAAAAUCUUUCCCCUAGAUCCUAAACAAAUGAGAAAAAUGAUUAAAAAAAAUGUAUCAAAAAAGAAAGAUAUACAAAAUGACAAAAACAAUGUUCUAAACCUACUCUUACCAGUACUGAAUAGAGACUAUUGAUAGUUGAUAGAAGAACAAAAAUAAAAAUGCUUACGUAUUGCGUUAUACCAAAAUUGUCAUGUCGAUAAUGAAAGCGACAGUUUUGUUCCUUAAGUUUUGUGUACAAAUUUUGGACUUUGUAUAAAAUUAAAAAAUAAUUCAAGAAAAAGUGAGCAAAUUGGCGAAACCGUUAGUGAGAAACACUAAAACUUGUAAAAAAAAACCAAACAAAUAUUAAACGUUGAUUAGUUAAAUCAAAUAUUGGAUAUUGACUGUAAAUUUUUUCAGUUGGGAAAUAAAACUGUUGAUGUUACUUGA